UCUCUCCCUAAAAAACUCUCUCUCUUUUCUAGAAUCUCUCAAGUCUGCGCUCAAGAAAAGCAUCACUCGCUAAAAUCACCCGAAAAUAAGAACAAAAGACGAAAAAGCGAGAAAAUUUUGGAGGGGCAAAAUAAUUAGGUUUUUCAGAAUGAGGACAUCGAUCUCGCGUUUGAUCCACUCGCACUCUCCUCUUUCUCGCUUCCACAGUAUACCCGCUUUCUCGCAGAGUGGGAGGUUGCUGUCGACUGAAUCCAAUAAAGUGGAGGAGCCCUUUAAAGUACAGGAAGCAGAGACUGUUAACGUGCCACCUCCACCUUCAGAGAAAUUGCUUGUGUUGGGUGGAAAUGGCUUUGUGGGAUCUCAUGUUUGUAAAGAAGCAUUGGAGCAUGGGCUGUCUGUUGCUAGCCUGAGCAGAUCUGGAAGGUCAUCCAUAACGGAGUCUUGGGCUGACAGAGUUGUGUGGCACAAAGGAAGCCUUCUCGUGCCUGAUUCACUGAAGGAUGUUAUGAAUGGCGUGACAGCUGUGAUAUCAUGUGUUGGGGGCUUUGGAUCUAAUUCUAAUAUGUAUAAGAUUAAUGGGACUGCAAAUAUCAACGCUAUCAGAGCUGCUGCUGAGACAGGGGUGAAAAGAUUUGUAUAUAUUUCAGCUGCUGAUUUUGGCGUGGUAAAUUAUUUAUUGCGAGGAUAUUAUGAUGGGAAGAGAGCUGCCGAAGCAGAACUAUUGUCGCGAUUCACCUACGGAGACACCACAAAUGCACAUACAUUAGGAGUAAUACUGAGACCUGGCUUUAUCCAUGGCACUCGCCAAGUCGGGAGCAUGAAAUUACCUCUUGGGGUUAUUGGAUCGCCUCUCGAGAUGGCCUUUCAGCGUGUGAAGCCAUUGACUCGGGUCCCACUGGUUGGCCCUCUCUUUACACCUCCAGUGAGUGCUUCUGCCGUUGCAAGAGUCGCCGUUAGGGCGGCCACUGAUCCAGUGUUUCCUCCUGGUAUUGUUGAUGUCUAUGGUAUCUUGAGGCUCAGUGAGCAGCACAAGUGAACCCCUCUCUAUAAAAAUAUGACAACCAAAUCUCUCUUUCACAGAAAUACAUGCUCUUUUUUUUUUUGCUGAAUUCUGGCCCGCAAUAAAAUUCACAGGUUCCUGUGAUCUUUCGUUUUCUUCUUGCUGCCUUACGACUGAUCGAAAGAUGUAAAUAUAUACGUAAAUUACUUGCUUUAUGUUGUCGAAAUGUUGUAGCUGCUUGUUGAGGUACAUGGAAAGAAUUCAUUGAAUCCCUCCUUUAUAUAUGUUAUAAAGACAUAAAAAACUGACA